AUGGCCCCUCCUAGCGUGUUGAUGGUCGGCACCGGCGAGUACACCACCGGCUACGUCGGCGGUGCCGCCUCAGGCUCAGACAAGAAAGUUGGCGUCGUUGGUUUGAGUCUGUUUGAUCUCCGCCGUCGGGGCAAAGUAGGCGAUCUCAGCAUGGUCGGCGUCUCAGGGCGCAAGUUCCCUGGCAUCCGCGAGCACCUCCACAAAAACAUCACCCAAGUCUACAACAACCUCGACACAGCCUUCACCUCCUACCCCUCCGACGACACCACCGACCCAGACGCCUACAAGCCCGCCAUCGACGCCCUCCCCAAGGGCUCCGCAAUCACAAUCUUCACCCCCGACCCAACACACUUCCCCAUCGCGCUCUACGCCAUCGAGCGCGGGAUCCACGUCCUCGUGACCAAACCCGCCGUCAAGACUCUUCCCGAACACAUCGAGCUCCUCGAGGCCGCCCGCAAACACAACGUCUUCGUCUUCGUCGAGCACCACAAGCGCUUCGACCCCGCUUACUCGGAUGCCCGCGCCAAGGCAAAGACCCUCGGCGACUUCAACUACUUCUACUCGUACAUGAGCCAGCCGAAGUUCCAGCUGGAGACGUUCAAGGCCUGGGCCGGCAAGGAGAGUGAUAUCUCGUACUACCUGAACAGCCACCACGUUGAUAUCUGUGACUCGAUGGUCAGCGAUGAGUACACGCCUGUCCGGGUGAAUGCGAGUGCGUCGACGGGGACGGCGGUUGAGUUGGGCUGUGUACCUGAGACAGAGGACACGAUUACUCUGCUGGUGGAUUGGAAGCAUAAGACGCAGCCUGGGAAGGUCGCAACGGGUGUGUACACGGCUUCUUGGACCGCGCCGCAGAAGGCGGGCGUUCAUUCGAACCAGUACUUCCACUACAUGGGCGCCAAUGGCGAAGUCCGCAUCAACCAAGCCAAACGCGGCUACGACGUAACAGGCGACGACUCCGGCCUAGCCUGGAUCAACCCAUUCUACAUGCGCUACGCCCCCGACGAAGAAGGCAACUUUGGCGGGCAGACCGGCUACGGCUACAUCAGUUUCGAGAAGUUCAUUGAUGCGAUCACAGCGCUGAACGAGGGCAAAGUAACCCUGGAUGACCUGGACAAGAGGCCGCUGCCAACCCUCAAGAACACCAUUGCUACGACGGCGAUUCUGCAUGCGGGACGCCUGAGUUUGGAUGAGAAGAGGGCUGUUGAGAUUAGUGAGGAGGGCGGAAAGUGGGUGCUCAAGUGA